UGAUCCGAAAACUCUUCCAAUUCUAUGAGAGAUUGUGUACAGAUGAAGAUGAGUGCCGAGUGUUCGUUUAGCAUUUGGUACCCGUUGUUCGGCAAAGAGUCACUGGAGGCUGCCUCCGUCCCGAUACCAGACGAGGUUAUGGCAUACCUCGAGCAUGGCUCCUUUCGAUUACCCAUAGAGGCGCGAAAUGAUUCGAAAUCAUGCGGCUCGAAAUGGUCCGACGGUACUUUGGUACUGCCGAAUGACAACGACGACGUUCACCUAGGCGAAGCACAAUCGACCAACGAUUUAAACCAGCCGUCUUAUCCAAUGUUUAGCAAUCAAAUUAAGGAUGUCCUGAACGAAUUUGGCGCAGUGUUUAUUAAAUUGAACUGGAGCGCACCUUUGGAUGCAGCAUGGGUCGCCCCUACAAAAACAUUGAGAUGCACAACCUUGGAGGAAGUCUAUCUAUUACUCAAAAGUUCAGAUCGAUUGGUAAAAGACCUGAAUCAGCUGCAAUCCUUAAAGAAUAACAAGGUGAAUGUGCCACCCUGCCUGGUCUUGAAGAAAUGGCGCGAAAUAAAUCCCUGUACAGAGUUUCGAUGCUUUGUGAUGAAUGGCGAGCUUGUUGGAAUAUGUCAGCGGGACCUAUCGCAAUAUUAUCUGUAUAUCGAAACGGAGAAGUAUGACAUACGUCAAGAUAUAAAGAGUUUAUUCCAUGAACGGAUAAAGAAAAGAUUUGUAUCUCUGACAAAUUAUGUAUUUGACGUGAUUCGUCAUAAAAAAGAUCAUGUUAAAAUAAUCGAUUUUAGUCCGUACGUCCCAGGUAGCACAAAAACCCUACUAUUCAUGAAGGAAGAACUUGACGGACCCAUUGUCAAUCCCCCAGAGUUUCGCCUUAUUGGCGAAAAUGUGGCAAUUCAACCUAAUGACGCAAGCAUCUUUUGCAUUCCAACAGAAAUCAACGAGUUCUAUCAGACCAACAGUUCACAGUCUAUGAUGGAUAUCAUUCAGCAAAGUAUGGUCAUGUAACAUGUUAACUAACUAAACGAGCUAAACAGCUGUUGAUCUCAACAGGAAGUUCAUAAUCAGAAUGAACCGUUUUGAAAUGAGUCAACAUCCAAAUCGAUCUACUGACGAGGAUUGCCAGUGAUGGAAGUAUGAAAAUUUUGCCCAUAAUUACUAUUUUCAUGUAAAGUGCAAUUACUUACCCAUUAUAUUAUCAAUUACAGGUAAAUGUCACGAUGACUAUUUGUUAAUGCCGCUGCCUGCCACCUUAUCUCUUAUAAAUUUCCACUCUGC